AUGGGAUCACUGUCAAGAAACGGAGUUCAGAUCUUGCCUGCUAGCUCACCCACAUACACAUACUCAUACCAGUCACCCGCAUCACAUCAGUCACCAUCACCUGUGCCAUCACUAAAUGCACUCCACUCAACUACGACAUACCAGUCACCCGCACCACAUCAGUCACCAUCACCUGUGCCAUCACCAAAUGCACUCCACUCAACUACGACAUACCAAUCACCCGCACCACAUCAGUCACACUUACAAGUCAUAGGCAAGACACCGGUGCAUGGUACUGCCAAAUCACUCAUAAUUGUGCCAUCUCAACCUAUGCAGGCGCCAAGUGUAUCUCAUGAACAGCCCGUAAUUCAUGUACCAGAACCAACUACUGAAGAAGAAGAAUCACAGACUGCGGCUAAGUUCUUACAACACUUCUAUUCUUUUUAG